CAGGUAUGAUGAGAUGAUCUUAUUUCUCCUAACUCUCGUCAACUUCGUCUCCUCUCAUGUCCUCAACACGCUGCUGAAAUCCUACACAACUCUACACAAGGACGAGCUAGAUAUCAGAUACUAUCCCAACAAUGUUAUCUUACUGACACUCCAAGUAGAGAACAUAACCUAUACCUCAACCUUGAGUCCGCACUCCAGGAUAUUUCAUAAACACUUUAAAACAGUCCUGUUAGGUUCAAAUUCCUCGUCGGCGCUGAGGAACGCGCAACACGGACAUUACAUUGGUCAGAUAGACGGGGUCAGGGAUUCCAGAGUAGUGGUACAUGUGACAAGUGAUGGCUUGAUUACGGGCAACAUUGAGCUGCACAGUGAGCUGUAUUACAUAGAGCCUUCCUGGAGACAUAUUUCAGAGCCGCACGAUUUUCACAUGAUCAUGUACAGGAAAUCAGAUGUUUUGUAUAAGAUAGGCCACAAUGAGACUGGCAAGUUCUGUGCACAUGAUUCACAUCAACAUGACGAUAAUAAACCCUCCUUAUUAGUCCCAACAAACAGAACGUUUGCGGAGUCAGGAUUUCAGUACGGCUCACGUUUCAAGCGAGCCAGCAAAUCUAUAAUCAAACCUAGAAACACUUGCGAGGUCGUCCUAAUCGCAGACUACAAAUUCUUCUCAACAAUCGGGGGCUCCAACGAACAACAAACCAAAACAUACCUCAUAGCCAUCUUCGAGCGGAUAAAUCAAGUCUUCCGAACAUCCCAGUUCGAAACGUCAGACCGGCAGUUCUCAGGGUUUGGCAUGCAGAUAAGAACAGUAGUGAUACACACCUCAUCCAGUUCUGACAAGUCAGAUUACAAUUAUUUUAAGAGCAACUGGGAUGUGUCUGAUAUGUUGGACUCUUUUGGGUACGGAACUCAGGGUUUGAGUGAGACUUGGUCUGAUUACUGUCUUGCUCACCUCUAUACUAACUACGACUUUAAAGCGGGGGUUUUGGGGCUUGCUUACGUGGCUAGUCCUGUUAGUAACAAAGUAGGAGGAAUAUGCUCAGUCCCCUACCUGAGUGGAAACACAAACAAGAGGAGAAUGUUGAACAUUGGACUCAGCACUUCUGUUAACUAUGACAGGACUCUUCUCUCCAGUGAACUGGAGCUUGUUAGUGCACACGAGAUAGGUCACAACUGGGGCAGCUCCCACGACCCGGAUAACGCGGAUAUCUGUGCUCCCCCUGGCAACCACUUCCUCAUGUACCCCUCCGCUGUGGACGGUACGUUGUGGUCUCGUCACUUUGCUUCAGCAUCUCACGUUGUAGUCAAACCCCGGGAUCUCGUUCCAACAAUAAGAUGUUUAGUCCGUGUAGUCGGACAGCCAUAGCUUCAGUCCUUAAAUACAAGUCAAGUUGUUUCCUGGAACGUUCCACUUCCUUCUGUGGAAACGGUAUAAUUGAGGAGGACGAGGAAUGUGACCCAGGCCCGGAUAACCGCUCAGAUGCGUGCUGCACUGAGCAGUGUAACUUUACAGCCGGCUCAGUGUGCUCUGAUCACAAUAGUGACUGUUGUGCUGACUGCCAGUUUGCUGGUACCACCCGGGUUUGUUACUCUAACGAUGGGAAUACUCUGGAUAGUAUCAAUGGCUGUAUUGCUGAGAAGCGAUGUAGUAGUAACAGUGCUGUAUGUGAUGUUAUCACCCACAAACCCUCCAACUCGUCCUGCUUUGACGAAGGAAAGUGUGACGCAACUGGAGAAUGUUUAGACUUCUGUCAAGCUAAAGGUGAGGAGCUGUGUAGAGGUGAAGGUAACGAGACUUGUUACUGGAUGUGUGUGAACGCUGAAAACGGGACUUGCAGUAACAAGUACUCCAUGCUACCCAACGGUAAACCCUGUCCUAACGGUGUUUGUAUAGAUGGAAUGUGUCUAGUAGAGCCCCAGACCCAGGUCAAGAUAUGGCGGGUCCUGACUGGACUGACUCCCAGUAUCUUCUGGGAUUGGAUGAAGAGUAACGUGAUCCUGGUAGUGAUCCUAGUAACAUCUGUGUUCUGGGUACCGUUAUCUAUAUUCGUCAACUGGUUAGACAAGGGACAAGACGAGGUGGAUUGGUACAACACCAUGACACUUCAACAUCAACAUCAGAGAAAGAAAGACAUUCUAAGGACCCAGAAGUCGACUGUAAGUUCUAGAAGCUUUGAACUGAUGACCAAGGUUAACAUGGAGCCAUGUCCGGACGAUAACAAUGUAUUCACGCUCACAAACACUAAGUUCUGAAUGGUUGCUGACUACUAAUUUACUAACUUAGCAAUGUAGCGCAUAUCAUGUCAUUACAUAACUAUAUGUGAAAGUUUUACCGUGGUAACAUUACCUUACAUGGCAGCGACUAGCGGUAUUACCUUAUAUUAUAUGGUAACGUUACCAUGUUUGUAAUGAGUUGUUUCCACAAUCUGGCUCUUACGUUCAAGAUAUAUUGAUUUAACGUUAGAAAUAUUCUUUCAACGUUUGGAAUGUUAAUGUUAAUAUUAUAGGCCACUUUUUUUUAAGCAUGCGCGCCACUUUUUGAUUGUUUUGUACUUGUUUUUUGAGUUUGGACUGUGUCUUUGUAAAUGUGAUUAUCAAUUUCUAAUCUCUGAAGAUUUGUUACUCCUUUAUAAUAUACAUAUACAUAAACGGUUUCACAAUUAAUUUGACCCUUUAGAUAAUUUGAGUUUCUUAAUCGUGACCCUUGGCCUUUUUGUAUAUAUUAUUCGAGUCUAAGUGUUUUUAAAUUGUUUUUAAUCUUUGGGAUUUCCAACUCUUCUGGAAAACUGGAUUUUAACGAGGAAUUUUUAUCAAUGUGUAAAAAGUUUGAUUCGUUAUUAUAAUUAAUUAGUUAAUUAAUUAUAAUUAAUUAGUGAUUACCAUGUAUUCAUUCAUAAAAGUACUUCAGGAUUCGAGUUGGGUUUGAUUUAAGUUCCCCUGUGUUGUUGUUGUUGUUGUUGUUUCGUUUACUAGUCACAGUGUAGGAAAUUAUUAUUUGUCUUAAUAAUAAUAUGACAAUUAUUCUUAUAUAACGUAAUUUUUUGUUGACAUUAAA